AUGCCAAAUUUUGUACAAGCCCCUAUACAUGCUCAUAUUGGUCAGCAUCUCAUGGAGGUGCAUAUUGGAACGCCACCGAUAAAAAUAACUGGUGUUGCAGAUACAGGAAGUGAUCUUAUAUGGACUAACUGUGUACCAUGCGAUGGGUGCUACAAACAAAUCAACCCUUUGUUUGAUCCUCAAAAAUCUUGUUCUUAUAAUAAUUUCUGUUACUCAAGGAGUUCUAAAGGGGGUGUUUCAAAGGGUAAUAUGUUGAUUGAUUCAGGGACACCGCCAAUUUAUAUGCCUCAUGAUUUAUAUGAUAGAGUGACUAAUGAAGUUAGAAACAAGAUUUCAAUGGAAUCCAUUAUAGAUGAUCCAAGUUUAGAUACUCAACUUUGUUAUAAAACAAAUAGUAAUCUUAAUGGGCCAAAUCUUACAUUCCAUUUCGAAAAUGCAAAUGUAGUUUUAACACCAAUCCAAACCUUUGUUCCGCCAAAAGAAGGUGUCUUCUGCUUGGCAAUAAAUAACCAAACUGAAGAGGAAGGCAUAUAUGGUAAUUUUGCACAAUCAAAUUACUUGAUUGGGUUUGAUAUAGAGAAAGAGUUGAUUUCUUUCAAGCAAAUGGAUUGCAUCCAACAUUAG